AAGCCUUCUCCGCCUACCAAACAAAGAAAAGGAAAGAAAAGGAAAGCUAGAGAGGGUGAGAACAAAAGGGGUCAUGGGGUUUACAGCCAAGCCAAAGAGCACCACUAGCAGUUCUCCUGGCAGUUCCGGCGAAAAUUGGGGCAUGGGUUUACUUCUAGUCUUCUUCCCCGAAGAUAACACCGCCAACGCCAUUGUUGAUAAAAGCAACAUGCUCUUCUCUUCUUCUUCUUCUUCUUCAACAACAUCCUCACCGUCAUCUUCCUUCAAACGAAGCAAUUCCAAUAAUGUUCUUCUCUCAAAAGCUCAGUCCACCAUUUCUAUCUGUGCCCUUCUAGUCUUCAUCACCCUCCUCCUCUUCACCCUCUCCACCUUCGAACCCAACUCCAAAACCCACCCAUUCUCCACCGCUUCUAGAAGAUUUCUCUCUCAGAAUUCUCCACCGGCAAACACAAAGAACAACCCCGAUUUCAAGCCCAGUAAUGUCGUCUACACAAACACGAACCACAGUCUGCUCCUCUCUUCGUCUUGGUUCGGCAAAAUGUGGAAGCAGAAGAAGCAGAAACUGCUCUAUCCCAUAAGGAGCAAUAACCAAUUCGCUCUCCAGCGAAUGGGCACUUUAUACAGGCGCGGCACUAAAGCCAUGACCGAUCUUGUUGUGGGUCAUGUAGACGUGGAUGUCACCGAAUCAGAGCUCCGACUGUUUAUCAGACUCUUGCACAGGUCCGGCCUCACCGCUCGCGCCGACAUCAUCUUCAUCUUCGCAUCUUCAACUUCAUCAAAGUUCGGUUCAGCAAUCCAAGAAGAGAACGAGUCGUUCUUGAACCUCGUCCGGCAUUACAGCCAAUCGAACAUAACAAGUCCACAACACAAACCCACUUCCGGUUUCGAUGUCACUCAGUUUCUCAAACUUGGGAAGAAGCAAACUGAAGAGCCGCUGUGGGGGAAGAGGAGUAUGCACAGCAAUUCCAGUGAAGCGGACGCGGCCGAGUCGACUCGGUUGAGCUACGGGUCGGUGGUGGGGUUCGAGGUGGGCGAGCUUGACCCGGAGAACUCUCUGGAUGGGUUCCUAGACCAUGUGGCUCCAAUGAGUCUACGAAGGUGGGCUUGUUACCCGAUGCUACUAGGCCGCGUCCGACGAAAUUUCAAGCAUGUUAUGCUGGUCGACGUCAAGAACUCGGUCGUACUGGGCGACCCACUCGGCCGAGUCAGGCACAAGAGCGCCGAGUCAGUUCUGUUAUCCACAAUGUCCAACAAGCAUUGCAGCAAGAAAAACUCGGACCCAGCUCAGUCCCAUUGCCCCGUUAACUCGGCCGUCAUCACCGGCGGCGCUCGCGGAAUUCGGCGAAUGUCAGCCACGGUGUUAACGGAAAUCGUCAGGGCGAGUAUGCAGCAGCAGAGGAAGAGGAAGAGCCCCGUAACCGAGUCGGGGGUUCUGAGUCAACUCGUGGGGAACGAGUUCAUAUCGAAGAACAUCAAGUUGGUCACUUCCACCGAGUCGAUCCCGGACCCGAGUUCACUGGCACCUGGGUCACUUUUAUCCCACGCAGUAAUUCAACGCGGUAAUACUAAUCAUGAUGAACUUUAUUCAAUAAUCAUGAAGCAAAUUUGUUCUUCAGAAAUAGAUUCUUCUGUCUAUAGGGAUUGUUAGCAAACAAAUAAAACAAUAAGAGCAAAAGAAUAGAAAUCUUAUUAAGAUAUUGUCAAAAAAAAAAAAACUUGUUCUUUCUUUCUUUCUUAUUCCCUCCAUAACUCCAAAUUUUGUUGUUACUUGUUUAUAAUAUUAAUUUAGCAAUAAAUUACA